GUGCAGUGCUUGCCGAUCCACGUCUCGUUGUCUUUUUGUCAUAUUAUCUAUCCGUUGACCAUCAGAUCGAUCAAUCGAGAAGAUGGUGAGUUUGGUUUCAGGAAUUCUGGUGCCAUUACUGCAUGGCCUGAUGAAGCUCGCCGGAGUGACGCCACAAGCGGUGGAGAUCGAGCCGGGCACGACCAUGAACAUCUGGGUCCCUAAGCAAACCAUCAACAGAGCCGCCGGAAAGUGGAACAAACCCGCCAAACCGGCGCUGGUCUUCGUCCACCCGUUCUGCGCCGACGGCAUUCUCAUGUGGUUCCUCCAAGUCCUCGCCUUCUCCGGCAAGUACUCCGUCUACGUGCCGGACCUCCUAUUCUUCGGCGGCUCCACCACCUCAGCAGCCGGCCGGAGCGCCUCCUUCCAGGCGGAGUUCCUGGCGAAGGGUCUGAGGAAGCUGGGCGUGCAGAGAUGCACGGUGGUGGGGCUCAGCUAUGGCGGCAUGGUGGGGUUCAAGAUGGCUGAAAUGUACCCGGAUUUGGUGGAGAAUAUGGUGGUUUCUUCCACCGUGAUGGAGUUGACGGAGUCGUUGACGAGAGAGAGGACUGCCAGCAUCGGCAGGUUUUCAAGCUGGGCUGAGAUUCUGCUGCCGGAGACGAUGGAAGGCGUCAAAUUUUUUUUCUCCAUCGGCUUUCGUAAGCUGCCAUGGCUGCCUCGUUUCCUCUACAAUGACUUUCUUCAGACCCUAUUCGGGAACAGAAAGGAGAAAGCUGAACUUUUGGAGGCCUUGGUGGUCAGCGACAGUGACGACUCCACCUCCAUUAUCCCUAAUUAUUCACAGAGGAUCCUCUUCUUGUGGGGAGAUGAAGAUAAGAUCUUCAGUUUGGAGCUUGCUCAGAGCAUGAAAGAGCGAGUGGGAGAGAAAGCGAGCCUGCAAUGGGUAGAGAAGGCGGGCCACCUUCUUCAAAUGGAGCGCCCCUUCGCUUACAACACACUGAUCCGAAAGUUUCUCUCGUCCUUGUAAUUUGUUCUUACGUUCGGGAAACCAAUGGAUUUGGUUCUACUGCUGAUGCUUGGAAACUGAUUUGAACUUUCAGUCACUGUUUAUUAAUCAAACUAAAAAAAUAGAAAAUAUAAAAAGUAUUA